UGGCAAAGCCUUUAGUCAGUCCUCACAUCUUACAAGGCAUCAGCGAGGUCAUACUGCGGAGAAGCCAUAUAAAUGUAGAGAAUGUGGCAAAGCCUUUACCAGGUCCUCAUCCCUUAUCAUCAGAGAGUUCAUACUGGAGAGAAGCCUUAUAAAUGUACAGAAUGUGGUAAAUCCUUCGUCAGCUCCUCAGCAAUUGCUAAGCAUCAGAGAAUACAUACUGGAGUGAAGCCGUACAAUUGUAGAGUAUGUGGCAAAGCUUUUAGUGAUUUCUCCUCUCUUAAUAGACAUCAGAGAUUUCAUACAGGAAAGAAACCUUAUAAAUGUAGAGAAUGUGACAAAGCCUUCACCUGUUCCUCAUCCCUUACUUCACAUCAGAGCUUUCACACGGGAGAGAAGCCAUAUAAAUGUAGAGAAUGUGGCAAAUCCUUUGGCUGCUCCUUACCCCUUACUAGACAUGAGAGAAUUCAUUCUGGAGAGAAGCCAUAUAAAUGUAAAGAAUGUGGCAGAGCCUUUAUCACAUCCUCAUCCCUUAUUUAUCAUCAGACAGUUCACACCAGAGAGAAGCCUUAUAAAUGUAAAGAAUGUGGCAAAGCCUUUACCAGGUCCUCAUCUCUUACUUGUCAUCAGAGAGUUCAUACUGGAGAGAAGCCUUAUAAAUGUACAAAAUGUAGCAAAUCCUUUGUCAGCUCCUCAGCCCUUACUAAACAUCAGAGAAUACAUAUUGGAGUGAAGUCUUACAUAUGUGUGUAGUGUCAUAAGUCCUUGACCAGCAGUGAGAAUUUACUGAAUAUCAGAGAAUUCAUGCUGGAAAGAAGCUUUAUGAAUGUGAAAAAUUUAAAAAAGCUUUUAAAAGCCAU